AAAGUUCAGCAGCCCACGCAUAAAGGGUUCUAGAGACUUGAGGACUCCGGUUUGAAACGAGUAGACUAUCCUUGGUCUGAUUUUGUAAGGUUUGAGGAGUAGACCGGAAACCCCAAGCAAACCAUUCACUGAUGGAGCAUCUCGCAAAUGCGUUCUCUGCGCUCAACGUCGACGUUGAAGACGACGAUGAAAUACGAGGGGCGCCUUCCACUUCCAAGGCCACAGAGGACACUUCAGGCAAGAGGGACAAAGCCAACAACUCUGAUAACGUCGAAAUGGCAGAUCAUGAGUACAAGAUGCCCCUUGUAUGGAUUGACUUGGAAAUGACUGGUUUGAAUGUUGAAGUUGAUCGGAUACUGGAGAUUGCUUGCAUAGUUACCGAUGGCCGACUAACCAAAUCCAUAGAGGGCCCUGAUCUGGUUAUUCAUCAAAGUAAGGAGUGUUUGGAUAGGAUGGGAGAAUGGUGUCAAACUCAUCAUAAAGAUAGUGGGUUGACGACUAAAGUGCUUCAAAGUACAAUUAGUGAAGGAGAAGCUGAAAAGCAGAUCAUAGAAUUUGUAAAGAGAAACAUUGGAACAUAUACACCUCUUUUAGCAGGAAACUCAGUUUAUGUGGACUUUGCAUUUUUAAAGAAAUACAUGCCAGAUUUGGCCAGCCUGUUCUCCCAUGUAGUAGUUGAUGUUAGCAGUGUUACAGCUCUAUGCGUUCGCUGGUAUCCUAGGGAUAAAAAGAAAGCGCCUUCUAAAGAAAAUAAACACAGAGCCCUGGAUGACAUCAGGGAAAGCAUCAAGGAACUGAAAUACUACAAACAGAAUAUAUUCAAAGCAAUUAGAAACUGAUACACUGAAAGCUUCAAAGCAUUUGGAUUGCUUAUUGAGGUUUGAUUUGAAAAUACUACUACAUGACAGCUUCUGUAGAGUUGAUACAGGCUUUGUAAAUCACAAUCUAAUUUAUUUAAUGUUCAACUUGUUAAAAUUUUGUACUGAACAAUCAGGUCUGAUUUUGCACUCCAACUUGGAGUAUACCAAAAACAUGGAUUUUCUAGUGUUUCAUGUUAUCUAACUUCUGCACAUUAUGUAAUUAAAUUGAUUUUGAUAUCUCAGAAGUUCUCUAAUUUGAGACUUUGAACAACUA